UCCAAUCACCAAGUGUCUACAAAUGUAGAUUUCACUUACAUGAGUCAAUUCACCUAAAAAUAUCCCUAAAUACAUAUAUCGAACAAACUGUAUAUUCAUCAAAUUUUUUAACGAGCAAACAACGAUGGAUUUCUCACAAUAUCGGAAAAUAUUGGUUUAUGUUUUGACAUUUCUCGCCUACGCGUGGUCUGGUUAUGGUGCUGGAUUAUUGGGAAAUCUACGAGAUGCUGUAUUAACGGCCGAAUCGGUGUUUCAAGAUCUAUUUGAAAAUGCCAUAACCGUAGCGAAAAAAAUCAAGGAUAUACAUGAAGUAUUCGAUGCCGCUGUUGAAGAAAAUUGUGUUUUUCAUUGUCCCGGAGGAGUUACACCAAAAGCAGAUUGGAAUCACAAACCACAGAGUAACGGAUGCGGCUCGUUGGGAAUAGAGAUAAACCAAGAGUAUCUGCCUUUAGCAGAAAUGACCAAGUGUUGCGAUCAACACGACAUCUGUUAUGAUACAUGCAAUUCGGACAAAGAAAAGUGCGAUUUAGAAUUUAAAAGAUGUCUAUACAAGUAUUGCGAUGGAUAUCAAAGUUCUGGAAUAACGAUUGUUAAUACCUGCAAAGCGGCCGCGAAAAUGUUAUUCACGGGUACUACAGCCUUAGGAUGCAAGAGUUACAUGGAUGCUCAAAAAGAAGCUUGCUAUUGCGGAGAUAAAUGGAGUAAAAAUAAAAAACCUAAAAAGGCUGCACAAGCCGGUGGAGAAUUGUAAUUUAAUUAUUUAUAAUUAACGUUUCUCUUUAUGUAAUUUACUUAUUUAAAAUUUGUGUCAUCUUUAUUUCCCUUACCUCUGUAUAUAAUCCAUUAUUGAGAGUAUAUAAAAUAUUUUGUAUUUAAAAUAAGAACGUUAAUAUAUUGUUACGUUACAUAGAUGCCCAUAUGUACACAAAAGUUUAAAUAUAUUUUCUCUUUUUUUUUUUCAUAUUAAAAUUCGUACGACUAA